AUGCUACAAGAAGGCUUCCGACUUGGCUACCGACGGUGCUUUCGAUUAUUUAUUUUUAUCAACCAUUCAGCCCUUAAUAUACACCCCGGUGACCUAAAGGCCUUGUAUCGUCGAGCCUAUGCACACUAUAUGCUAGGUAAUUUUAAGGGCGCCCUUGAAGAUGCCCGAAAACUGAUCGGCCUCGAGCCCAAAAAUAAGGCUGCACAAUCCUUAUUAAGAAAUAUCGAGGCUGAGGCAUCAGCCAGGAUAGACCCUCAAAUCAAGCUCCCAGUGGAGACGAUUCUUGAGCAACUUUUUAAGAUCACAAACAGUUAUCGAUUGACUGCCCAAGUUCGUGAACGUGUUCUUGAGUGCCUAGUGAGAAUUGUGCCUUCGGAAAGAGGAAUUGGCUGGUCUCGCAAUUUUCUAAAAUUGGAAGGGUCUUUGGAGCGCCUUCUUGAGGUUGGGACUGCUGCAGGAGUUACAGCCCUUGAUGAUCGUCGUCCUGUAAAGUCAAGGACCCAAAAACUCUUAAGUGACAUAAACGAGGUUGAACAACUUCCUUUGGGUUUUCGUCUGGCCACAACAGCAAAUACCCGUACCACGUUGGCUUGUUUACUAGCUAAACUUUGGGACGAUUUAAUUCUCGACAAAGAACGUCAGCAGGUUAUAUCCACGAUCGGCGAUUUCUUGUUGUAG